AUGAUCGACUAUUUCUAUCGUGGAGACUAUGACGAAACACCGGACAAGAAACACCCUGCCAAUAACCCCGAAUAUGAGACUCCGACUACCAAAGCGCAUGUUAGUAUCGCAAUGUAUAACGUCGCUGAUAAAUACGCCGUCGAGCCCCUAAUGGCCCUUGCGAAGGAGAAGCUAGAAAGAAGACUUACCCUAGCCUGGAGUAACAAGGAAUUCCUCAGGAUUAUCGAAAAAGUCUACGGACCGGAUAGCCCGCCGAACUCGAAGCUGCGGGAUACAGUAGCAAGUUCCGCCGUGGAGCAUAUUGCUACACUGAAGGAGAUUCCUGCAUUCCGCGAGACACGCAUGGAAUACCCACAGUUUUCAUAUGACUUCGCCACAUUUCUGAUAGAAAAAUGGUCUCGUGUGGAGAGAAAAAUACGGUAUGUGAUUAGAUCAUACCAACUAACUGAAAGCAAACGGAGUGCACUGUGGCUUACGUUAUGGAGACAGGAUCAUGACAACCUUGGAUAUUGA